AUGUCAACUCAGCCCCUCCUACAGCGCACGGCAACGAAGCGCAUUGCUCUCCCUGUCCGAGUCGAACCAAAAGUGUCUUUCGCGAACGAGCGCACAUUUCUAUCAUGGCUGCACUUCACGGUCAUCUUAGGCGGUCUAUCUGUCGGCUUGCUAAACUUUGGCGAUAAGGUUGGGAAAAUCAGUGCUGCGAUGUUUUCCAUCGUGGCGGUGGCUAUCAUGCUCUAUGCCUUGUAUACCUAUCAUUGGCGCGCAGCCUCUAUCCGUAAAGGAGGCCGAGGACCAUAUGACGAUCGCCUGGGACCUACCUUGCUCUGUUUGGCCUUGUUAAUCUCCGUCAUUGUCAACUUUGCUCUGCGCUUUACGGAGGGCGAUAGUUAA